AUGUACGGCUCCAAUCCACAAGACUCCUCGCAACCUGAAUGGAGACAGCCUGUACCUCCACGCCGUCCCGUGGGCCAAGCUGAUGCUGCUCUCCCACCACCGCCGCCUCGUCCUCAAGUCGCCCCAUAUAGUCCUGCGACAUACGGACAAAUCUCAGGCUCCUCGAAUUCAAGUGUGUCGCCGGUGUCGGGAUCCACGACGGACCCAAGGACAUGGGGUGUGCGGUACAAUCAGCAACCGCAACUACACCCGAUCUAUGCCCCGCCGCCCUUACCACCUCGACCGUCCAGCACAAAUGAGCAGCCGUUUGCCUAUACGCAGCCGCAAUCACCAGUGCAACCACCGCCCCUAAACACUAGCGUUUCACCUUCGGCCCCAGUACAUGGUUUCGAAUCUUUCGCCGAUACUCAGCCUCCACCCAGUUCAAGCAUUCCACCCCCAUAUGUGCCACCGGCUGUGCCAGCGCUUGGUGCUGUACCGGCCCCGCCCCCCAAAAUCCCACAAGAAUCACAUCCGACGGCGCAACAAAGCAAUCAACCUACACAGCCACCGCUUCUUGCGCAGGGCGUAGGGCCGGCGGCCACCCAAGGCUCCUAUGGGUUUCCGUCAAACAUUCACUCAGCCCACGCGGGUCCAUCAGCUUUGGGCCCGGGCACACCUUCUGACUGGGAAUAUCUUGGUCCCACUCCGGGCGACUUUGACGAUGCACCCUGGUUUCCAGACAGGAGGCCGACGUCCCAACCUCAGGAGCGGGUUUUUAUUCCGCCGGAGCACACGACUGGAAUGCCAAAUCAGCCUUUGACAAGGACGACUGCGCCUCUGCUGCGCAUGGAUACAGGCCAGCAAUUCUCGAGUAUUCCGUCUCAUCCUGACCAUGUACGACGAAAUGAUUCCAUUUCACCUAUCAGUCCUGCGACAACGCUUGGCACCAACUAUGGGCAGUCGGUCCCUCAUCUGGCCCGUAUGGACAGUGUGAGCUCCGGUGGAUCCUUUGGGGAGCAUGUGGAGAGUAUUGACAAUGUCAUUGAUGCGUGGGUACAACCACUGUCAACUGCACCAAAGCCUGCCCAGCCAGUCGAGUCGACUCAGCCAGGACGUGAAGAUCCUACUUCUCGACCAGCUUCCACUUCCCAGAGCAACCAAGGCACUCCCGUUGGAAUCUCGACCCCUAUUCAAAGCAACCCGUCUACUGUCCCGGAUGCAGGAGUACUCGCAAAUCCGACAGUGCCAACUCCACUCUCUCCACAGGGAGUCACGCCAGCUCCCAAAUAUCCUGAUCCAUAUGAGGAUCUCGAUCCAUGGUCUAAAUCCUCGCUCGCACGCUACGUGGCAAUGUUGCGCAAGGAGGCUGUGGCUGACUCUGAUGAGGAGCGUUUCAAGAUCUUCACGGCUUUCAUGGCCAAGGAAACCAAGCUUAGGGAGAUACUCUAUAAUAUCGAGCUUGACACUCGAGAUAUUCAGGCAGCCCCAAGAGCUUCUGUGCUCUCACCCAAACGGUCACCGUCAAAUUCUGAAAAGCGUAAUUCCACGGUUGAAUCUGGCUUGAUUCCUGUGGAAUCGGAGGAAGUGAUGUCCCCCACCAGCACCACAGAAGAUGGGAAUGAUAUUGAUGAUACGGUCAGCGAGUAUAGUGCUGGAGGGCGACCCAUUCAAGCCAAGUUAGCCCGUCGAAGUUCGCAAUGGCGGCCGAAACUUUUAGCACUUCCCUCUGGAAAAGAUUCAACGAACAGUCUGUCGAACGCCCCCUCAAGGAAGUUCUCCGUGGAUGAGUCUGCGGAGAAGCAGGUCCUGGAACCUCUCAUGACGGAUCCCCCGCGGCCAAUAUACACGCCCUUCCAGUAUAUGGAAGGUCCGCAGCGUGGCUCAGAUAAUUUGACUUUUGCCCGUCCAGCAUACCAGGCCUACUCUGAUCUACGUCAAGCAUCUGCUGGAAGCGGACGAAUCAUGUCGAAUGCUCCGGCAGCCACUCCCGCUUCAAGAUCGGCGACUCUGUCCUCUUUCCCUGCGACCGAUGAGCACGACGAGACCUUCCUCGGUCUCAUUCGUCAUAAGAGCAUAGCUUAUCAGACGGUCAAUCGCCCAAGCACCACACCAGUCCCACCCCUGCCAGAGUCUCUUCGUCAAGGUCGACCCACUAACUUGGUUGAAGAGCUACGGUCAAUGGUCUGGACGCCUCUAGACAAGCAAUCCGAGAGCUCUUGGCAUAUCAGGACUCGAGAGGAUCUUGAAAAGCUCCCGGAUAAUUUCUCUUACAUCCAAGAAGCCCUUGACAAAUGGGAAAGUUCCGCGAAAGUUCGUCGUCACAGACUGGAUGAAGAGCGUAUGGGUCGCCAGGAGGAGUCGGAAGCGCAGAUCGACGAUCUUUUCAAUGGAAAGGAAAUCGGUUAUGCCGAUAUUAACACGCUCGAAGAGGACUUUCGCCAGACUGAGGCUCGUAUCCAGUUGGAUGAGGAACGAAAAGAAGUUGAAGAUUUCAUCGCCAAAGUCUUCAAUCCUCUGGACGAGAAACUGAAGAAUGAAAUAUCUGCCCUUGGCAAUUCUUACGACUCGGCACUCAACCAACUGGACUGGGACCAGAAGGGAAAGACCGAGCGGUGCAGCCCAUCAGUGACGGUGAAGAUGGUCAAUGACAUCCACAGCAAGCUCGAGCUUCGGUUCCAGAAACGGCUUGAACUUGCUCUGGACUGUGAGCGCCGUCGUAAAAAGGCCGAGCGCCGACCACUUGUCUUCAUGGGCGAUAUGGCCAGCCUUCGAAAGCUGGACGGAGAUUUCGAUCGAAUGGAGAAACGGAACAUCCUGGAGGCUGCGAAAGACCGCGACGACCGAGCCAACCGGCUGAUGGAUUCCUUCGACGAUGCGAUCCUGCACGGUCUAGGCAUGAAUCAGAGCCUCCUGGACGAGCUCGAGAGCAAAGUAGCCCGACUAGACCCCACGAGUCUCCGCGCUUCUGGCCUACCGGAUUCCGAAAUCGAACAGAUCCUAAAGUCCGCGGCAACGUUUGCUGCUUCGCUUCGCACCGAUUCCGAGGCCAUCCUGCGCAGUUCAGGAGUUGCCGACAUGACCCUCAACGAAGCCGAUUACAACGUCUCCGCCGCCGAAGCGCGAUAUGCUAACUCGGAGCCGGGUAUUCUUCAGCGACUCGAAGUUGAAAAGAAGAAAGAGGAUGAGAUUCUCCAGAAUGAUCUGAAUUCCAAGUUACAAAGUAUUCAAAAGGGCCCUCGCGAGAUCGAGGAUACUAUCCAACGCCUCCUCGAGGACCUGAGCAAGACGCCCCCGCGUCUGGCUACAGCCUCGACCGUCGCAAAUGACUCGAGCCCUGUGAGUCAGUCUGCCGAUGUGCCUUCUGUGAUCGUUCGGCCUCCCACAACUAUACCCAGUCCAUCUCCGUCUCCGGCUGCCGCGAGCCCCGGUCAAGAACCGGAGGAGCACAAAGAACGGCUACGCAAGGCGCUAGAAGAGGCGAAGAAGCGCAACGCAGCGCGAGCCAAUCACUAA